AUGUUUGUUGAUCUUGCUAUCCGAUAUUUGUUUAGUCAGAUCGUGAUUUCGCAAAUGGAGACUCUUGUGCACUUGCGUAUGUCACCUCCAAAGACACCCGAUACGAUACAAGAAGAUUAUUACGAGCUACUUGGGGUUGAGAAAAAAUCGAGUGAAUCGGAAAUCAAAGCCGCAUAUCGCAAGUUAGCGUUGAAAUAUCACCCAGAUAGAAAUCCUGGAGACACACAUGCCCAAGAACAAUUCAAGAAGAUCUCGAUAGCAUACUCAGUUCUAAGUGACCCUAAUAAGCGCCGACAGUACGACGUCAGCGGUCCAAGUUCUAGUCAGCUAGAUUUUGAAGGUUUCGAUGUUUCAGAACUUGGAGGCGUAGGUCGUGUUUUUGGAGCGUUGUUCAACAAAUUAGGAGUUCCUAUUCCUACUCAGAUUGUGCCGAAGGUUCUUGCACAAGCUCGUCAACUAUGUGAAGGCUCGGCUUGUGAUGUUGAAGCACGACUAAUCCAUCCUGGGGAAUGCAUCUCGGCCAGUAUAGCAAAACAGGAGGGAGCUUUCUAUAGCAUAGAAAUGAAAGAAGAGUACAGAGAACAUGGCAUUUGCAUAGUAUGCAAGUCGGCAUCAUCUAGCAAAUUCAAGCUUGUACUAUUUGACAAGGAAGGCGGAGUACGGAUGAUCCAAGAAAGUCAAAAGAAGAAGUCAGGCACACAAGCCGAGAUGUUCUUUGUACCUUUCACGAUUGCUAAUUUAGGAGAAUUUGUACCUAUGAAAUUCCACAUGGAAGAUAGGGAUACGCCACUUACAUUCCAUUAUUUGGAUACUCUGGAAACUCAGGUUGCCCACUUACUCGAUUCCAGAAAACACAUUUUAUGUGUAUACGGGGAUAAUUGGUUAAAUGCCGUCAAGUAUAGCAUUACGUUCCUACCUCUCCCAGGUGAUAGUAAUACCAUUAUGAAAGAUAUUACUGAGGUCGAAAAAGAUUUGCUAGCGAAGAAAACUGAGAUGUCGAAGUUCCAGACGGAGUACGCUGAUGCAAAGAAGAAAUUUGAGGAAGCAGUAGAGCGAUUGAAACGAGAAGAUAAAGAAAUCCAAGAAAAGUUAAAAACCCGAGAAAAGGCUUAUGAAGACGUCAUAAACCUCAGCCAAUCGAAGUUUAUGAAUCACGUCUCACCCUCCAAAUCCAGUAAAUCGUUCUUCGGUUUGUUCUAGUCAAGUUGCGGACAUUUACGCGACUUUUUUCUGCGGGGUACAAUAAUCCACGGAUGAAUCAACUCUAACACUAAGCUACAUGCUUAUCUAUCUUGUAAAUUUCCCUGUUUGUCCUAAUUAGUCUGACUUAACCUUUCUGACUACGCAAGAUGAUUUUUUGUUUACUCUCUGAGACAUAUUUUUUGUCAUGAUCCUAGUUACGCUAAGAACUUUCUUGAACAACUCAUGUUUUGGCAGUUCUACUCGAGACAGUCUUUGUUAGAGGUUUCUGUUGAGUCUGUGGUGUUGAGAUAAUUUUCCAUGAAUGUUGUUUUCUUAGGUAAGUGCGAGUUUACGUGGUACAUUCGCUUUAUGAACUGAGGUUCAGGAGGAUGCUAUAAAUUUCGGAGGUGACUGCAGCUAAUAUUAUGAAUACUUGAUAAUCUGUUUUUGAAGUGAAUUCUAUCCCAGUUUUACGUUUGGUUGUGAGCAUUUUGUUGGAUUGUAUUGUUCAGCUAGAUUUUGCAAGUAUAAAAUCACGAAUACUAGUUUAUUUAUUGUUGUUUAAAAACUUAAUGUUAUAAGAGUCUUAGCUGGUCAUGUGUUUUUGUUCUUAACGUUUUGGUCAGAGAUAAAUUAUAAUCUCGUGAUUGCU